AAUGAUGAAUGUAACUGUACUUUAUACCUAAAAUGUACCAAUAAACUUAAUGGGAAAAAAAAAACCCAAAGAGAACCAAGCACAGCUAGCUCUGAGAGCAGUCUCAGAUGGCCAUUGUGACAGCCACACCCAAGACAUAGGCAGGCCCACACUUGCCAGCAACCUAAACAAACCUGUCAGACCCUAUCCAAACUGUUGAAGUUUGGAUAGGGCUAAAAGUGAUUAGAAAGACCCACUUUCUCAGUUCGUUCAGUUUAAAGAUAAAGUUUUAAAGAUUAUGCACGAGUAUUUUCUCUCAAGGGGAGCAGGAAUGCUAAGCUGGGAAUGGCUGGGAGGGUCCUGUAAGGGCAGAUGCAAGUUCCGGGUACAGACAGGGGCUCAGGGGUCUGGGGGUGCACAUGAGGUGUCUCUCUCAGCUACUUGGAGGCUGAGAUGAGAGUGGAUGGCUGCAGUCAGGAUUCAAGGCCAGCCUGGGAAAACAGUGAGACUAUGCCUCACCCUGAUCCUCUCCCAAAAGGUCUCAUGGGCUCCAAAAAUUACCAUAUUUCUGAGGCUGAAUCAAAUACAUAAAAGUAGCAACAAAUCAUUCUCUGCUUCAAAGAGAGUUAAGUUCCAAGUUGCAGAAGUAAUUUAUUAGCACAGCUAAAUCUAACAGGGAAAACUUAUCAUGUGUUUAGAAGGCCAAGGUGGAAGUAGGAAGCUGAAGGAAAAAAAUACUAGGUGUCAUCAGUUUUUAUUGUAAAUUGUGUUGGUUCACUAAAAACAAAUAUUUUCCUCAGGAUUGAGUCCAUACCUCUAACAGAAUAAUAGUACAAAUCAGGAAUGUGCAAAUAUGUAUUUUUAUUAAAUGAUUUCAAAAUGGCUACAAGUAACAGUUAAAAGAGCUAUACAGUAUUGUUAGGUGAGAUUAUGCUUACAUUCUUGUUCACCUCACCAUUUUGGAAAAUAAUAAGAUAAUCUUGCCUUGAUUAAAAAAAAUACAACAAAAAGCUUACUGACAUUCUGUCAUACAUAUCUCAUACACUUAAUUAAUGUUUGCAAUUUAGCAGUAAAUAAUUUAGCAGUAAAGAUCCCCAAAUGCCCUUUUAAGUUAUCAAAAUGAUAUUUGCUACAUUUUAAAAAAUACUUUGAGAUAGUUUUAAUGGUGAGUAUUUAUCACCUUGUCAGCCUUGAAAAUUUGGGAAAUCACAUAUAAAAGUUAAUUUUCUUAAUUAGAAUGUGCAACUAACCACAGAAAACUAUUCUUUAUGAUAGCAUUCCAACAAUUUGUGAAAAAGGAAAUGUGGCCUGGGAAAAACAUUUCCUCUUCUCCUAAUACCUUGUGCCAAGUGUGUCCCUCACCAAUUAUAGAGGGUCCCUUGGGUCUCAGAACUUUCCACAAGCGUUUAGGUCUCUAUGACGAUGAACCUGCUUGCUGAAGCAGAAACAGGUGACAAGGUGGUGGCAGGCACAGGACAACCAUAGGGCAGAAGCUUUGGGUCCAGAAAGCCACACAGAUCUCGAGCAUUUGUGACGGGCUGAUCCACCUGGCCAGGAAUCUAUCUUCAGAGCCACUGGGGCCAGUCUGCCCCGAGUUCCCACCUCCAGGAACGGUUUACCAGGCUGGCAGCUCCGGGGGUGACAGUGUUUGUGAUGGGUGUCACUGCACCAGGGCCUGGGGGCUUCCUCUGGGACUCCACUUGCGUGGAUGCUUAAGCCUUCCCCUCUGGUGGCCUUUGGGGGGCACGACUCAGGUGAGAGGAGCCCCUUUUGCCCAGCCUUGGUCUCAUGCAGCCCUUCAGCAUCCCCGUCCAAAUCACACUCCAGGGCAGCCGCAGGCACCAGGGGAGGACAGCCUUUUCUAUCCCUGGGAAGAAGAGACACAGAGACUACAGCAAUGGAGAACCACCAGACAUAUACCAGAAGUUGCUGUCCAGCGCUGGAGAGGACAGAGCCAUGCUGCUGGGGUUUGCAAUGAUGGGUUUCUCAGUCCUAAUGUUCUUCUUGCUUGGGACAACCAUCCUGAAGCCUUUUAUGCUCAGCAUACAGAGAGAAGAAUCAAACUGCACAACCAUCCACACACAGAUCAUGGACGACUGGCUGGACUAUACUUUCACCUGUGGCGUGGACUGCCAAGGUCAGGGGAAGUAUCCAUGUCUUCAGGUGUUUGUGAACCUCACCCACUCAGGACAGAAAGCUCUCCUACAUUAUAAUGAAGAGGCUGCCCAGUUCAAUUCCAAGUGCUUUUAUACACCUAAGUGCCACCAAGAUAGGAAUGAUUUACUCAACAGUGUUCUGGAUAUAAAGGAAUUCUUCGAUCACAAAAAUGGAAUGUCUUUCUCAUGCUUCUACAGUCCAGACAGCCAAUCUGAAGAUGUCAUUCUUAUAAAAAAAUAUGAUCCAAUGGUUAUCUUCCACUGCUUAUUCUGGCCUUCACUGACUCUGCUAGGUGGUGCCCUGAUUGUUGGUAUGGUGAGAUUAACACAGCACCUGUCUCUUCUCUGUGAAAAAUAUAGCAUCAUGGUCAGAGAUGAAGUAGGUGGCAAAGUACCCUCUAUAGGACAGCAUCAAUACAAACUGUGCAGUACAGAAAAGAGGAAAGGAAGAAACAGGGCAAUCUUAAGAUAAUGGCCAAGUUAAAAUGUUGGCCUUAGACACUGUAAUUUCUGCAGUGGAAGAUCUAAUUGUGCCUGCUUGCAAACUAGCCACAUAAAGGGUAGUUAUUAUCAUAUUUUUAUGUGAGAAACAUUUUUUUUGGUACUGGGAAUCGAACUCGGGACCUUGCGCUUGUGAGGCAGGCGGCAGAACCACUGAGCUAAAUCCCCGGCCCUGUGAGAAACAUUUUAAAAAGCCUUCUUCUGUAUUCUACAAGUAUGUACAAAUUCAUGCAACAUCUUUUCUACUCCAAAUCUCUUCCCAUAGGCCACCCCACAGGCAAGAUGAGUUCAAGGUAGUUGUUGGGUCUAAUUUCAGCUCUAGUUGGAACCUGUCAGUAUGAAAACCAAUGAUGAUGAAGGUAUCUAAUCUGCCGAGCACUCAACUAUCAGGCUAACUCUAGGCAAUAUAUGUCACAUAAAAACAUUUCUCAUGAUGAAAAUCCUUAGUGAAGAACACUUCAUUCACUAUAGAAACAAUCAGAACAUUUAAGAAAAUGUGGGCCUACUGUUUUAUUAGUUUGCUCUUUCUUCACCAUUCACGAUAAAGAAGAAUGCUGCUACUUAGAAAAGUCACUAAAUUUAGUGGUUUGCACUUAGCCUUGUAAUGUACCAUGUAAUUUUCCUUUCCACAGCAUUUUUCUCAUUAAUUAUGCUUUUCAUACACUCACUUCACUGCACAUUCUGGUAAGAUUAGAAGCAUUGACUAGAAAUGUGAAGUAAGGAAAAGCUGUACUGGACUUCAAUGGGUACUUCAGAAAAUCCAAUUUAGAAAAGUCCAGUGGACAGUCAACAGUUGCCUAAUUAAUGAAUCAACCAUGGUUAUUAAAUGAUAGUGUUACAGGACUCUCCCAACAUGUGCUUUUCAGAAUAACUAAGCCGAUAUCUAUGAAAAACCAACAGCCAACAUCAUACUAAAUGGUCAAAAACUGAAAACUUUCAUGCUAAAAUCAGGAACAAGGCAAGGAUACCCACUAUCACCACUCCUGUUCAAUAUGGUUCUGGAAACAUUAGCCACAGCAAUUAGAAAAGAGAAAGAAAUAAAAGGA